AUGUAUGCAGUGGUGGAACAUGGGCCUGUCCUUUGCAGCGACUCGAACAUCCUCUGCCUGUCGUGGAAAGGGCGCGUCCCCAAAAGUGAGAAGGAGAAGCCUGUGUGCAGGAGGCGCUACUACGAGGAGGGCUGGCUGGCCACGGGCAACGGGCGGGGCGUCGUCGGUGUCACCUUCACCUCCAGCCACUGCCGCAGGGACAGAAAUACUCCCCAGAGGAUAAACUUCAACCUGCGUGGACACAAUAGCGAGGUCGUGCUGGUGAGGUGGAACGAGCCCUACCAGAAGCUGGCCACGUGUGAUGCGGACGGAGGGAUAUUCGUGUGGAUUCAGUAUGAGGGCAGGUGGUCUGUGGAGCUGGUCAACGACCGUGGGGCUCAGGUGAGUGAUUUUACGUGGAGCCACGACGGGACCCAAGCGCUCAUUUCCUAUCGAGAUGGAUUUGUCCUGGUUGGUUCUGUCAGUGGACAAAGGCACUGGUCGUCUGAGAUCAACUUGGAGAGCCAGAUCACGUGUGGCAUAUGGACUCCUGAUGACCAGCAGGUGCUGUUUGGCACGGCUGACGGGCAGGUGAUCGUCAUGGACUGCCACGGCCGCAUGCUGGCACAUGUCCUGCUGCACGAGUUGGAUGGCAUCCUCGGCAUGUCCUGGAACUGCCCCAUCUUCCUGGUGGAGGACAGUAGCGAGAGCGACACUGACUCUGAUGACUACUCCCCGCCCCAAGAUGGCCCGGCAGCAUACCCCAUCCCAGUGCAGAACAUCAAGCCGCUGCUCACCGUCAGCUUCACCUCGGGAGACAUCAGCUUAAUGAACAACUAUGACGACCUGUCCCCUACUAUCAUCCGCUCAGGCCUGAAAGAGGUGGUGGUCCAGUGGUGCACACAGGGAGACUUGCUGGCUGUGGCCGGGAUGGAGCGACAGAGCCAACUUGGUGAACUCCCCAGUGGCCCUCUUCUGAAGAGUGCCAUGGUCAAGUUCUACAAUGUCCGUGGGGAGCACAUCUUCACACUGGACACGCUCGUGCAGCGCCCCAUCAUCUCCAUCUGCUGGGGCCACCGAGACUCACGGCUGCUCAUGGCGUCAGGACCGGCCCUGUACGUGGUGCGUGUGGAGCACCGAGUGUCCAGCCUACAGCUGCUGUGUCAGCAGGCCAUCGCCAGUGCCCUGCGAGAAGACAAGGACGUCAGCAAGCUGAGCCUGCCCCCCCGCCUGUGCUCCUACCUCUCCACGGCCUUCAUCCCCACCAUCAAGCCCCCGAUUCCAGACCCCAACAACAUGCGGGACUUUGUCAGCUACCCCUCGGCCGGCAACGAGCGGCUGCACUGCACCAUGAGACGCACAGAGGAUGACCCCGAGGUGGGCGGCCCCUGCUACACGCUCUACCUGGAGUACCUGGGUGGGCUGGUGCCCAUCCUCAAGGGACGGCGCGUCAGUAAGCUGCGGCCAGAGUUUGUCAUCAUGGACCCCCGCACAGACAGCAAAGCAGAUGAGAUCUAUGGCAGCAGCUUGAUCUCCACCGUGGUCGACAGCUGCAACUGCUCCGACUCCAGCGACAUUGAACUCAGCGACGACUGGGCUGCCAAGAAGUCUCCCCGAGCGUCCAGAGCCAGCAAAUCGCCUAAGCUCCCCAGGAUCAACAUCGAGGCUCGGAAGUCCCCAAAGCUGUCCCGGGCCGCGCAAGAGGUCUCCCGGUCCCCCCGCCUGCCUAUGAGGAAGACCUCCAUUGGCUCGCCCGGCCUGACACGGAGAGAGAUUCCCUUUGAAGACAUCACUCAGCACAACUACCUUGCUCAGGUCACGUCUAAUAUCUGGGGAACCAAGUUUAAGAUCGUGGGCUUGGCUGCCUUCCUGCCAACCAACCUUGGUGCAGUAAUCUAUAAAACCAGCCUGCUGCAUCUCCAGCCACGGCAGAUGACUGUCUAUCUCCCGGAAGUUCGGAAGAUUUCCAUGGACUAUAUUAAUUUACCCGUCUUCAACGCGAAUGUCUUCAGUGAAGAUGAAGAUGAUUUACCAGUGACAGGCGCAUCCGGCCUCCCUGAGAACAACCCGCCCUGCACCGUGAACAUUCCCAUCGCCCCAAUCCACAGCUCGGCCCAGGCCAUGUCGCCCACUCAGAGCAUCGGGCUGGUGCAGUCCCUGCUGGCCAAUCAGAACGUGCAACUGGACGUCCUGACCAACCAGACCACGGCCGCGGGGCCAGCAGAGCACCCUGGUGACACGCCCACCCCGUACCCGGUCCCUAACCGGUACUCCAGCCCUGGGCAGGUGAUCUUCGGGGGCGUAGAAAUGGGCCGCAUGGUCCAGAACCCGCCCCCUCCUCCACUGUCCCUGCCACCACCCCCGCCCGGGGUUCUGCCGCUGUCCCUGGUGGACCACGGGGACCGUGACCAUGAGCACCUACAGAAGCCAGCCAAGGCGCUGCGGCCAGCCCCACCCCUGGCGGCAGAGGCGGAUGCCGUGGUCUUCAGUGCCCCCCAGGAGCUCCCCGUGAAUAAGAUGAACCCCCCGCCCCCUUACCCAGGCACCAUCCCCGCUGCCCCCACCACAGCCGCCCCGCCACCUCCGUUGCCACCACCCCAGCCCCCCAUGGAUGUCUGCCUGAAGAAGGGCGACUUCUCCCUCUACCCGACCUCCACCCACUACCAGACCCCACUGGGCUACGAACGGAUCACCACCUUUGACAGCAGUGGCAACGUGGAGGAGGUGUGCCGGCCACGGGCCCGGGUGCUCUGCACCCAAAACCCCUACGCCCUCCCCGGCCCGGGCAGCUCAGCCACGCUGCGGCUCACGGCCACAGAGAAGAAGGUCCCGCAGCCCUGCACCAGUGCCACCCUGAACCGGCUGACCACUCCUCGGUACUCCAUUCCCCCAGGGGACCCGCCGCCCUACCCCGAGAUCGCCAGCCAGCUGGUGCAUGGCCGGAGUGUGGCCCAGCGACCAGACAGCAGCCUCAUCCAUGCCACCUUACGCAGGAACAACCGCGAGGCUGCACUCAAGAUGGCCCAGCUGGCGGACCACCAGCGCGCCACCCUGCAGCACCCGCCCAAGCCCAAGAGCAGCAUGGUGCCGCCCCCGUUCCCGCCGCGGCCCCCGCCGGCACUGUACACCUGCAGCCAGUGCAGUGGGGGCGGUGCCAGCUCUCAGCCGGGCACGGCCCUGGCACACUCAGCCAGCAUGUCCCCCUUGACAUCACAGUCCUCCUACAGUCUCCUGAGCCCCCCAGACAGUGCCCGGGACCGCACGGACUAUGUCAACUCGGCUUUCACAGAGGAUGAAGCCCUGUCCCCACACUGUCAGGCCGAGAGGUCUCUGCGACACCCCCCGCUGGCUGACGCUGCCGUCACCGUGGUGAAGCGGCCACCCCCGUAUCAGUGGGACCCUGUGCUGGGCGAGGACAUUUGGGUUCCUCAGGAAAGGACAGCACAGACUUCAGUGCCCAACCCCCUAAAACUGCCCCCUCUGCUGAUGGGCCAGAGCCAGCACCUGGACGUGUCCCGGGCGCCCUUCGUCUCCCCCAAGUCGCCAGCCAGCCCUACUGCCACCUUCCAGACGGGCUACGGAGUGGGGGUGCCAUACGCAGGGAGCUAUAGCAGCCCUCCACUGCAAGGGGUGCAGGCUCCCUGCUCCCCAAAGGAUGCCCUGGCCGCACCCCAGUUUGCACAGCCUGAGCCGGCCGUGGUCCUGCAGCCGGUGUACCCACCCAGCCUCUCCUACUGCCCCCUGCCCCCCACGUACCCCGGAGGCAGCAUGUGCUCCAGUUUACAGCUGCCCCCCCUUGCCUUGCAUCCCUGGAACUCCUACAGCAUGUGCCCCCCUGUGCAGAACCCCCAGGGCACGCUGCCCCCCAAACCGCACCUGGUGGUGGAGAAGCCCAUCGUGUCCCCGCCGCCUGCCGAGCUGCAGAGCCACGUGGGCACCGAGGUGAUGGUGGAGACGGCAGACAACUUCCAGGAGGUGCUCUCCCUGACAGAAAGCCCCGUCCCCCAGCGGACGGAGAAGUUCGGGAAGAAGAACCGGAAGCGCCUGGACAGCCGUGCGGAGGAGGGCAGCGUGCCGGCCAUCACGGAGGGCAGAGGGAAGAAGGAGGCCCGGACGCUGAGCGACUUCAACGCGCUCAUCUCCAGCCCCCGCCUGGGCAGGGAGAAGAAGAAGGUCAAGAGUCAGAAGGACCAGCUGAAGUCCAAGAAGCUGAACAAGACAAACGAGUUCCAGGACAGCUCCGAGAGCGAGCCGGAGCUGUUCAUCAGCGGGGACGAGCUGAUGAACCAAAGCCAGGGCAGCAAGAAGGGCUGGCAGGGCAAGCGGAACUCGAGGACGGGCGCUGAGCCCGAGGGCUUCAAGUGCAGGAAGGCCAACGAGCGGGAGGAGAGCCGGCUGGGCAGCCAGGGCUUUGUCUACGUGAUGGCCAACAAGCAGCCCCUGUGGAACGAGGCCACCCAGGUCUACCAGCUGGACUUUGGGGGCCGCGUCACCCAGGAGUCGGCCAAGAACUUCCAGAUCGAGCUGGAGGGCCGGCAGGUGAUGCAGUUUGGUAGGAUUGACGGCAACGCCUACAUCCUGGACUUCCAGUACCCCUUCUCGGCCGUGCAGGCCUUCGCGGUCGCCCUGGCCAAUGUGACUCAGCGCCUCAAGUGA